AUGACUGCUCUGGCGGUCACUGGAGCCGCUGUGGCUGCUCCGUUGCUCUACGUUUUUGUAAGGUUUCUUUGUAGAUUUGUUCUGGUUGACAGGACUUCGAAGUUUCAGGAGAAAAUUCCCAGCGACUGUCAACUGUUGGUUUUGCAAUGAGAACACGAAAGUUUCCUAUUCCAACCGGUUUGGAUUUUGUCUUUUUCUCGAAAUAUUUUUCGCCAGUAAUUCGUUUGUAUGCUCUUCUUGUCAUCAGUAUAACGGUUUCACGGAGGACGGCGACUAUAACAGAAAAGUUCCUGGCCAAAGUUCUUUCAACCCGGAUGGCCACGGUUUCAGGUGAAUCUUUCUUGAUUUUCCAUACAACAUCCUGAAAUUUUCAUCAGAUACUGUGCUAGAACGGCUUCUUUGCAUAAAGGGCCAGUCAGAACUCUCGGUGGGAUAUCCCUGACCGAAGAUGGUUUUUCGCAGUUACUCGAAAAUUUCAAAGUUUUUGUUUCUCAGCUUCGAAUGGGGGUAACGGUCUUUGUGAACAUUGCAACCGGAACCAGGAAAGAAUCGUCAAUCUUUUGGCGGCGUUUGAACCGAAAAAUGAGGUUUUGUCCGAAAACUUACGGGAAAGAAUGACAGAAGAGGGAAACAGCUCAUUAUUUGAGAGUCGAUGGAACGAAGAACUCGACGAGUAUCGUUAUAAGCUUGAGCGGCUCUACCAGCUCUGUCCUCGAUGUACAUUAACCGUCCAUGGGAAAAUGGAAGAAGAGAAGGUGAGAAACUAAGCGCGUAAAGUCUCCCAACGGAGUGAUGCGUUGCGUGGCGCAACGCGAAAACAGCUGUCUGUGGUUAAAAGGGCGAGAGAUCGGGUCCGCCACCCGACGUGCACAUUGUUUACUCCGGUCCGCUAAUUUAGCGCCUUGGUUCGCAUGAUGUGCCAGAUCGUUCCUCUCUCAUAGGCGUUGCCGUUUCAGUCCUUGAGCUGGAAAGGUGUUAUGUUGGGAAAGACAUUAUCUUUUCUUCCUUUGAAACUUUGAUGAAGUUGUUAUGAAUUACAGUCUUUUUUUCUUGAAUCUCCAAAAGAGCAGAUAAUUUACGCUUAUUUUACAGGUGAAGUACUCCUACUUGCUUCAACUGAAAGAACGUCUUGCAUACUUCGCGAGGAAGGUAGAUCACGCGCUCAAUCCUGAUAAAAAGGUACCAGAAAUCCUUCUCAACCCCCUUAGAAGAAAUGUAAAACCUCUUUCUUUUUUGGUUCAAAUGUUUCACAAUUUCGUUCUUCAAAAAAGACGCUCUGAAAAAUAUCUUAUUUUUCGGAAGUGCUCGAUUAAAUAACCUCCUAUUUAUCAAAUAAAAUGUCGAGUAUCAUGUUUUAUCGGAAAAACUGGUUUUUCAAUUUUUCACGUAUCAUUUCAUUGAUUUUCCAUUUUUCUAGAGAAUUCUUAAAAGGCAACUUUCAAAAUUUUGAGUGAAGGAAAAAAAAGUUUGAGAGGGAGUAUACCUAUACCUUCAAAAAAAAAACGCAAUGAGCUGAGUGAAAGGUUCAGCGAAGUCGUCGCCGGUUCUUCGCGGGUGGUCGUGCAAGCGAGAUGCUGCACUUAAUCAAUUUCCUGCUUUCACUGGUGAUUUUCGCCGCAAAGUUCAACCAUUUGCAAGAGGUUUUUUUGUGAUACGAGCUUCUCUAUCUUUUUUUUCAAUUUCAGGACGGGGAGCUGGAAGUCUUGCGGAUUCCUCAUAUUCUGCGAGCAACUUUGCCCCUGGUUUACGAAGUUUCGUCUUGGAUAGUGGCUGCCAUCUUCUUCAUGCAGUUGGCCACUUUCAAGCUCAACAAGUAGGUUUCGUGAAAAGUAGUUCAAAACUGAAUAGUUGCUUCACGGCCCGGUCGAGUCUCCUUUUGACGGCUUAUAGAUGAUACAUGAUAACGGCUUCUAAUCGCAAUAAUUGCUCUAUUUAUUUCGCAAUGAUUUUACGGCUUCCGCGUCUUGAAUGGAAAAAAUCACGAAGCAAAAAUUAGAAAGGAGAGUUACUUAGCGUAUUCGAGUUGAAAACUCACUCUUGUUCACUCAGAAUCAAAAAAAAAAAACAAGGGUUUGAGAUGCCGCGUCACUCUCCCGGACCUGCUGCUGCCAUUCACAACUCUGCUUCAAGCACUAACUUUCCACCCAUGGUUCAUGGAGGUACUCGUUUUCCGCGUAUUCUGAGCCUGUCUCUCUUCCAGAACUAUGCUGACGACGUGGUUCUGUGUCGGUGCGCCUUUUCCUCUUUCAGCGCUAUUUUGGCUUCGGCAAUCUUGUUUGUUCCUCGAAAGUUCAAACACAAAAAGAGGCCCAACAACUUUAUAUCCAGGUUUUAUUAGGCACUUCUCAAAUUAAUUAUCCAAUCUUGAAAAGUGAUUUUCUAAUUUAAAAAAAAACCGAAGCUCUGCUUUUCUUCUUAAUUUCCAAGCUUCCAGCGCCUUUUCCGUCGCGUCAACUCCGACUUCUCAGUGCUCUUCGCGACUGGACAGUCCCAACACAACUGUCAAUGGAAUGAGCUCUGUAGACCGGAAAAAUGCUAGGAAGAGCCCAAAAAACAGUCCCCAGAGUGCCUUCCAUCGGAACGUUGCUAAAGGCGCUACAGGUGUUUUCCUCUUGACUGUCUCUUCAUUUCGUUUUAUAUCAGAUCUUUCCUCUCGAUCUGUCAUAUCCGACGUCUCAAACUUUUCCUCGGCUUCGCGGAUGAUGUGGAGGGAACGAGCCCGUGAAGUGACGCCCAUCAGAACGACGAACAGGGGAGAGGACAAGGAGAAUAACGAGGUUUGCAUUGAACAUCUUCUUCUUUGCAGAAAAAGCUUUUCCGUUUUCAAAUGCCGCGAUCAAAGUAGUUUCCGAUCCUAAAAAAUGAAAAACUUCUGGUUUAAAGAGACGUUAGAUUUGACUGAAAAUGUCCACCAUCUCGGCCGCAACGCGCGGGGUCUGACUGUUUUUUUGGAUCUUUCUUUUUCUACAUAUCCUCUGACAAUGACCAAAAAACGGGGAAAAAAAACACGUGAGGCCAAAAAAGAGGGUUUGGAAAUUGAACGCAACAAGAUUCGCACUUAAGGCUAUUCAGUCCUUUACAAAAAAUUAAAAAUAGAUUUACAAUGGAAAGAAAAUUUUGUAUCUCGAGAAAAUUUUUACAUGUUGAGAAAUGAUUAGAAUUUCGAGAACAAACUUUGUGAGGAUUUCAAGAACAGGAAGUCUAAAGUGUGAAAAGUGAAGACGAGGUGCUCGGCCAUCUAUCAAAAGCAUGUGAGUAUGGAGAAGGAUUAGCUUUAACUUUUUUUUUGCUUAUUUCUGAUGGUUAAGAUGAUGGACUGGGACGACAACGAAACCUUGUUGACAGCGAGAAACGGUUUCGAGCGAGAGACGACGCCUUCGCGCGAGUUGGCUCCGUCGAUUCGGUCGCUUUCCCUGGCUAUCGAUGGCGACUCUGCGUCGACAGUCACAGCCGCUUCUUUUCGCAGCGGCUUCUCCGCUCUCAAGCGUUUUGGCGGCUCCAAUUCAUCGACUGUGCUGCAAACGGCUCCCCUUGCCAACAGUCGAAUCGGCUUUGGAUCCACCGCAAAUUCUGUUUUCCCCACUUCGAAAUCUGUUUUUUCGGUUACUUCAUUUUAUUUUCCAGGUUGGAAACGACCAUUUUUAGGCCCAAAAUCCGUCUCAAGGAGCGAGAUCUCUCCUGACACCGGCACCGAGGAACGUUUUCCUCAAGCAUUCUCCGACCAACUCCGUUGCAAGGUUUGUAAAAUCAUCAUCAAUAAGUGUGAAAACCAGUUCAGAAAGUACAUAUAAAGAAUUUUAUUCCAAGAAAAAUCACAAGACGCUUCUUAAUAAACUACUUUUCCAGGUUGUAUUCUCUUAAAAUAACACGCCAGAGAAUGCGAUUAGAGAUCCUUCCGUGAAAAAUAAACAGCCUUUGAUUAGACCAGAUAAAUUUUUUUUUUUCGAAGAGCAAUAUUGGCGUCUGAUCAGUAAAUAAUCAGGUCGAUGAUGACAUCUAUCAGCCAACACACCAACGAAAACUCGUCCAAUCGGUUCUACACCAUGGUCAUUGCAUUCUUCGUUUGUACUACUUUCAUAUCGCAAAUCGCCUUGGUUUAUCUCCUUUUUAAAAAAUGA